UCCGCUCUGAUUAAAACAAAAAAAAUUGUUUAAACUUUAAACAAUUAAGUCUAGGCUUGGUGUGUGUGUACGCCGUCGAUGCACCUGCCUAAAUGGCGGAGAAAAUGGCCAGCAUGGAUGGAACAGUGCCGGAAGCCAAGUAUCAGAAACUGGCAAGCGAAUAUUCAAAGCUGCGGGCUCAAGCUCAAGUGCUGAAGAAAGCGGUGAUAGAUGAACAGGCCAAGGAAGGGAAUCUGCGAGAGCAAUUACAACAGAGUGCAACCGCGCUGAGGCGCACAGAGCAAGAAGUCGAUUCGCUGGGCUUUCGAAAUAAGCAGCUAGAGUCACGGGUUUCACAGUUGCAGCAAGAGCUGACGGUGUACGAACAGGCGCGCAAGAAGGAGCCAAGCAGACGUGGGCUGUUGGGUGGCAGCAGGCAGGAGCCAGAGGCACCGAGCACAAAUGCAGCACAGGAAGCGCUUAUUUUUGAAGAGUUACAAAAGAAAAUUAUGGAAAAUGCCCAACUGACAUCAUUGAUCGAUGACAAGCAACGCGACUUGGACCUGCACACGGAACGCAUAGCGGCGCUGGAGCAGAAGCUAGAGAAACGCACUAGUGAUCAGAAUGAACUCGAAAAACGUUUGCGCAAGGAGUUGGAAACGUUGCAGCACAGAAAUUGUGAAUUGGAGACAAAAGUGGUCGAUGCAGCUAGCAUGUUGGGCAGUGAGGAUGCUCUGAGCGCCACCGGCAGCGACAGCACGCCACUGCAUCAUAUGCAACCGUCACAACACCAGCUACUUACAAAUGCCGCUGCGUCGCUCUCAGCUGACGAGCGCAUUGCAUUGCUGGAGAAGGAGGUGGCUCACUGGCGUGCGCAGUACGAGGUGUCAAAGCUUAGCAUGAACCUCAACUCAAAUUCGAAUAGCAAUAAUACGGAUCUCAGCAAUGCCAGCAGUGCGUGCAGUUGCAGCACUGCUGCUGCCGGCGUCACUGUCAAACCCUGCUGCCCGGACAGCAAAAGCAAUCUGCGCGCACGCGACUCCAUGCAAGAGGCAGCAGAGCCGCCAAGCAAAGAGCAGCUAAUCUACAGCCUUUUCAGCAAAAAGUAUGAGGAUUUGUUGCGGCUUAAAGCGGAAGCUGAGUCACGAACGCGUUCUUUUGAGCAAGAGGUGGAACAUUUGCAAAUUUGCCUGGAGAAUGCCUCGCAGGAACUGAAAGAUAAGGACGAACAGCAGUCCAGCCUGGGCUGUGCACUACAAAUGCUCGAGGAAGAACUGACCACAACACGCUUUAACUAUGAGGAACAGAUUAGCGUUCUCACGGAACAAGUGAUUAACUUAAGCGAUCAAUUGGCUGCCAGCAAAUGAAUAUAUGUACGCCUCGCUUCU